AUGUCGUUGCGCACUUCGACAGCCCGCCUCUCCCGCCGACUGGCGACAAAGCGCCCGGCCGUGACGCCUUCUGUCAGAAAUGGCGUGUCAGCUCCCUCGGCGCUCCAGAGUGCCUCUAUGGCGACGGCCGCCCCUCCUGUGACACAAGAUUCGACAGGCUCGAAAGGUCCAACCGCAAUGGUCUUUAUGAACAUGGGCGGUCCUUCGCACACCUCUGAAGUAGGCGACUUCCUCUCCCGUCUCUUCGCCGACCGAGAUCUCAUCCCCCUGGGCCCAUUACAACCAUAUCUGGGACCUCUCAUCUCUCGCCGCCGCACCCCGAAGAUCCAACAACAGUAUUCGGCCAUAGGCGGGGGUUCUCCCAUACGGAAAUGGUCGGAGUAUCAAUGUUCGGAAAUGUGCAAGAUAUUAGACAAGUUGUCGCCAGAAACGGCACCACAUAAACCCUACGUGGCAUUCCGAUACGCGAAUCCGUUGACGGAGCACAUGUAUGAACAACUCCUGGCAGAUGGGUUUGGUGGCGGGAAGGGAGGUCGAGCGGUAGCAUUCACGCAGUAUCCCCAAUACAGCUGUUCCACUACGGGCAGCUCAUUGAACGAGCUGUGGAAGUGGCGGAACCGACUGGAGGGCAAACGGGCAACGACGGGGGAGGUCGAUCCAGAAGGAGCAAUAACAUGGAGCGUGAUCGACCGCUGGCCCACGCAUCCAGGGUUAGUUGAGGCCUUUGCGCAGAACAUCGAAGCCAAACUGGCCGAAUACCCCGAAGAACGCCGGAAAGACGUGGUGAUCCUGUUUUCAGCACACAGUCUCCCCAUGAGCGUGGUCAACAGAGGCGACCCUUAUCCCGCCGAGGUUGCCGCAACAGUACACGCUGUCAUGCACCGACUGGGUCACUCCCAACCGUACAGACUGUGCUGGCAAUCCCAAGUCGGGCCUUCUGCAUGGCUGGGCGCCCAGACAAGCGACACUGUCAAGGAAUACGUGAAGCGAGGACAGACAGAUCUGAUUCUGGUCCCGAUCGCCUUCACGAGCGACCACAUCGAAACCCUCUACGAGAUCGACAAGGAGGUCAUGCACGAAGAUGCCAAGGGCCACCCGGGCGUCAAGCGCGCGGAGAGUCUCAACGACAACCCGGUCUUCAUCCAGGCAUUGGCCGACAUUGCGCACAAGCAUCUCCUGAGCGGCGAGAGCUGUUCCAGGCAGAUGGGGUUGAGGUGUCAAGGGUGCACCAGCGAGAGAUGUCUGGAGCAGAAAAAGUUCUUUGCUGGCCAGCAUGCAAAGAUCCUACCGACUGUACGAUAG